AGGCGGGAGGCCUUGCGGGAGGCGGCGAGCCCUGAGCACACUCGCUUGCUGCUCUGCGCACGGAGGCUCCUGUCCCCAAGCCGAGCCAGCCGGGCGCCGUGCUCGGUCCGCUCGCCGCGCCGGAGAGAGCUGCUCGAGACGGAGCCAGCCCGCCGGCGCCGAGCCGCCGAGCGCCCGGCUCCAGAGCCCCUGAGUGCGGCGCGGCGAGCCCCCGGCGGCGGCAGAAGAACCCGAACGCCGGGAGAGGGAAAACGGGGGACAAGGAGGCUCCUGGUCGCGACGAGGAGAGUCUCAUAGGAGGAGGCGGUGAGAGGACACUCGGGCCUCCUGCCGCUGCAGCCGGGUCGGGGCGAGCAGCUCACGCGGGGAGCCCCAGCGGCUGGCUGCGGUCAGGGGAGGGGGCACCAGCGGCCCCCCGCACUGGCCAGCGGCUUGUGCCCUGGAGGGCGAGAGCGCGCGACCCGCCAGCGGCCCGCCGCCGCCGCGCCGCCCUCCCACGCGCUGUCAGCCCUGAGGGGCGCAGACGCCGCCGCAGCAUCUUCUGCCCCUGCACCCCCGCCAGCGUCGAGGAAGUCCCCGAGGAGGACCGGAGCCCCUGUGAGCGCAGGAGGAAAGACCAGAGACUCCUAAUACACCAGAUGCGCAGGAUUGAAGCAGCCUAGCCAAAGCUUUCUGUGGAUUAAAAAAAUACACGAUUUUUUUGAGGGGGGGCAGAAGAAAAGGAGAGGAAGAUCAGUGGGGCUCUGCAAGGGGAAAAAAAGGGGGAUGUAACUCGUGGAUACGUUUUUCUACCCCUCAAACAUCUUGUUCUACUUUGUAAACAUUUUCUUUUUUUAAACCCAGGCUCGAGCCGGACGCCCCCAGACCUCCAAAGGUACGAGGAGGUGGUGUUUUUUUCUUUUGAGGCUUUGCCUAUUUGGUUUUUAGGUUUUGAGAGAGCCUCCUUAUUUUCUCCAGACGUCUCAUGCGGGGUGAAGUCCACUCGGCCCCCUCCCCCGAGUCUUCGUGUGCACGGAAUUCGAAGAGAUCCGGUUACUAAGGAUAUAGACAAAAAAAAAAAUAAAUCGCGUGCCUGCCUUUUUUUUUUCCCUUCCCUUUAAUUGCCAGUUUCUCCCCACCCCCAAAUUAAGUUGCUUAGCAAGGGGGAAAAGAGGCUUCUUCGCCCCUCCAGCAGCCCAGCCGAACGCCUUUCGUUUUUUGCCCCUGCGGGUCUUCCAUGUAGGAAGCCGAGGCUGGCGAGCCCCACACUCGGGAGCCACUGCGGGGGGGCCUCUUUUUGGAGAGGCGCCGGCGGGGGCAGGCUCGGCCGCCCCCAGGGAAGCCUCUGCCGCGUUCCUCCGGGGCGCGCCGGGGCCCGAGAGCCGCGCAGGGCGCGGGCCGCGCGGGGUGGGGCAGCCAGAGCGCAGGCCCCCGAACCCCGGCGGGCGCCCCCGGGCCCCCGCGCGCGCCCCGGCCUCCGGGAGACUGGCGCAUGCCACGGAGCGCCCUUCGGGCCGCCGCCGCUCCUGCCCGGGCCCCUGUUGUUGCUGCUGUCGCCUGCGCCUGCUGCCCCAACUCGGCGCCCGACUUCUUCAUGGUGUGCGGAGGUCAUGUUCGCUCCUUAGCCGGCAAACGACUUUUCUCCUUGCCUCCUCGCCCCGCAUGUUCAGGACCAAACGAUCUGCGCUCGUCCGGCGUCUCUGGAGGAGCCGUGCGCCCGGCGGCGAGGACGAGGAGGAGGGCGCGGGAGGAGGCGGAGGAGGAGGCGAGCUGCGGGGAGAAGGGGCGACGGACGGCCGGGCGCAUGGGGCCGGUGGCGGCGGUGCCGGCAGGGCUGGCUGCUGCCUGGGCAAGGCGGUCCGCGGUGCCAAAGGUCACCAUCCCCACCCCCAAGCCACGGGCGCCGGCGCGGCCGGGGGCGCUGAGGCGGAUCUGAAGACACUCACGCACUCGGUGCUCAAGAAACUGAAGGAGCGGCAGCUGGAGCUGCUGCUCCAGGCCGUGGAGUCCCGCGGCGGUACGCGCACCGCGUGCCUCCUGCUGCCUGGCCGCUUGGACUGCAGGCUGGGCCCCGGGGCGCCCGCCAGUGCGCAACCCGCGCAGCCGGCCUCGUCUUAUUCGCUCCCCCUCCUGCUGUGCAAAGUGUUCAGGUGGCCGGAUCUCAGGCAUUCCUCGGAAGUCAAGAGGCUGUGUUGCUGUGAAUCUUACGGGAAGAUCAACCCCGAGCUGGUGUGCUGCAACCCCCAUCAUCUUAGCCGACUCUGCGAACUAGAGUCUCCCCCCCCUCCUUACUCCAGAUACCCGAUGGAUUUUCUCAAACCAACUGCAGACUGUCCAGAUGCUGUGCCUUCCUCCGCUGAAACAGGGGGAACGAAUUAUCUGGCCCCUGGGGGGCUUUCAGAUUCCCAACUUCUUCUGGAGCCUGGGGAUCGGUCACACUGGUGCGUGGUGGCAUACUGGGAGGAGAAGACGAGAGUGGGGAGGCUCUACUGUGUCCAGGAGCCCUCCCUGGAUAUCUUCUAUGAUCUACCUCAGGGGAAUGGCUUUUGCCUCGGACAGCUCAAUUCGGACAACAAGAGUCAGCUGGUGCAGAAAGUGCGGAGCAAAAUCGGCUGUGGCAUCCAGCUGACGCGGGAAGUGGAUGGCGUGUGGGUGUACAACCGCAGCAGUUACCCCAUCUUCAUCAAGUCCGCCACACUGGACAACCCGGACUCCAGGACGCUGUUGGUGCACAAGGUGUUCCCCGGUUUCUCCAUCAAGGCUUUCGACUAUGAGAAAGCAUACAGCCUGCAGCGGCCCAAUGACCACGAGUUCAUGCAGCAGCCAUGGACGGGCUUCACUGUGCAGAUCAGCUUUGUGAAGGGCUGGGGCCAGUGCUACACCCGCCAGUUCAUCAGUAGCUGCCCGUGCUGGCUGGAGGUCAUCUUCAACAGCCGGUAGCCACUGGGGAGAGGACGAGCGCGCCGAGAGGCCACCAUUCAAACUACUUUGCUGCUAAUCUUUUCCUCCCGAGUGCUUGCUUUCCAUGCAGACUCUUUGAUCAUUUUUUUCCCUGUUGUUGGUGGGUUUUUUUCUUCUUGUCCUUGUUUGUGUUUUUGUUAUGUUCUUUGAGAAAUAGCUUAUGAAAAGAAUUGUGGGGUUCUUUUUUUGUUUUGUUUUUUUUGAGGGGGCAAGUGUGGUUGGCAGGACAAGUCAUCAUCCCAUGGGGAAAGGGGAAGCAAAAGUCAGCACCGCUAGACAGUGUCUGAGCAGGGAGCAGUCCCAUCACUUUUGGGUCAGCAUUUCACUUGUCAGGAGUAUACACGCGAGUGUGAGUGUGUCUUGAGUGUGUGUGCACGAACAACAGAUGGGGGAGAUCAACAUAGCCUUUGUGUCCUUAUGGAUGUCCCCAGCUGAGAGGUUUGCGGUUCCAAGCUGUGUCUCUUGUGCCCUUUGGACAUGCUCAGUGGGGCAGAGGCAGUACCUGGCCAGGCUGGCAGCAGGUAUCCCAGCAGCUGCCAGGAGCGAGGCUCUGCCCCAGCCUGCGGAAGCCCCCACCCCGCCUCACCCCCUUCAGGACACAGGCCUAUCCACAGGCUUCUGAGAAGCAAGCCUGGUAGAGGCUGAACCAGAACCAAUCGUUUUCAUCCUUGUCUUACUCCCCUCCGCCACCCCGCUGCCAUUGUAAUGUCUGUCUUUUAUGGCCAUCUGCUCCUGGAUCUCUGAGAUGGGCUUCCCGAGGGCUGUUCGGGGCAGCCCUGUCAUGUGUUCACAGUAUUUGCUCCCCCAGUGCCCUCUCAGGCUUCUCAGCCUCUCCCCUGCCCUAGUUUUCAGGUUUCUCCCAGACUCCCCAAGCCAGCUCAGCACGUCCCUCCCUUUCCCCAUCCUGCGUGCUGAGGUCUGCAGUCAGACCAGCAAGAGGGCACCCCCGGGAGGGACCUGCUCAGUGGCCUCCUUCCCUCCCACCAGGAGGAAUUUGGUCCAUCAUAACCCAAGGUACCAUCCUCGGCUGACACCUAACUCUUCUGUCAUUUCUUCUACAACUCAUACACUCGUAUGAUACUUUGACACUGUUCUUAGCUCAAUGAGCAUGUUUAGACUUUAACAUAAGCUAUUUUUCUAACUACAAAGGUUUAAAUAAACAAGAGAAGCAUUCUCAUUGGAAAUUUAGCAUUGUAGUGCUUUGAGAGAAAAAGGACUCCUGAAAAAAACUGAGAUUUAUUAAAGAAAAAUGUAUUUUAUGUUAUAUAUAAAUAUAUUAUUACUUGUAAAUAUAAAGACGUUUUAUAAGCAUCAUUAUUUAUGUAUUGUGCAAUGUGUAUAAACAAGAAAAAUAAAAGAUGCACUUUGCUUUAAUAUAAAUGCAAAUAACAAAUGCCAAAUUAAAAAAGAUAAACACAAGAUUGGUGUUUUUUUCUAUGGGUGUUAUCACCUAGCUGAAUGUUUUUCUAAAGGAGUUUAUGUUCCAUUAAACAAUUUUUAAAGUGUAUACUUGA